AUGACUUCACAAGAACUUAGACACAAUUUCCAGGUUUUAAACGCUGAAGAAAUUCGUAGGCGUAAGAAUGCCAAGAGGGGCAUUCAAUUCUGUAUCAUGGUUAUUGGUGAGACGGGUAGUGGUAAGACAACCUUUUUAAACAAUUUGUGCAACAGGCAAAUUUUUGUUGAGGAUGAGCCUAUAGAUCCAAGUAAAGCGCACAUGAAUCCAGGCUUGGAAAUCUUUACCCAUCAAGUACAGCUUCAUGAAGAAAACUCCACUCCAAUAAGUUUGGAUAUCAUUUUGGCACCAGGGUUAGGUGAUAAUAUUGAUAAUUCUAGAAUCCCAUCUCAAGUUGUGAAGUAUUUGGAAACCCAAUUUGAUGCUGUCUUAAACGAGGAAAUUAGAAUUAAAAGAAACACUCGGAUUACUGACACUAGGCCACAUGCAUGUUUAUACUUUAUCAGAGCUACUUCUAGAGGUCUAAGAGAAUUUGACACACAGCUAAUGAAGGAACUAUGUACUAAGGUUAACAUUAUACCUAUUAUUAGCAAAGCUGACUUAUUCACUGAACAAGAAUUGAUUUUGAAUAAAAAGCUAAUUAUGAGGGACAUUAAAGCAAAUAACAUCAAGAUCUAUGACUUUGCAAACGAUAAGUUGGAAGAUACUUUAGUUCCCAUCGAUGAUGCGGCCAACAGUCCUGACGUUAGUUAUGAUAGUCAGGAUAGGGGUUCUGAUUCCUAUGGGAGAGCUGGAUUCGAAGAAGGGCAUUAUACAAGCGAAGUGAAUACAACCACAAGAAUUCAAGAUAUGCUUCCAUUUGCCAUUGUUAGCAGCAACAAGAAAAAGCAAUAUCCAAAUGGUGAAGUAUAUCAUGUUAGAGAGUACCCAUGGGGAGAUGUAAGAAUUGAAGAUCGUUUGCACUCUGACUUUAUCUAUUUAAAAAGUAUUUUGUUGGGCUCUCACUUACAGGACUUUAAAGACACUACUCAUGACGUUUUAUAUGAACAUUACAGAACCGAAAAGUUGAUGUCUAGGAAUGAUCAGACCGUUUCGUCCGAUACAGCCGCUGCGGAAUCCACCGUAAUGACUUUCACGUUGGGUGGAGAAGAUAAUUGCGGUAAUAACAGUGGUAUGAGUGGUAUGAAUGGUAUGAGUCUUGGUCACAACGGGGGUUACAACAUGAAUCCUAAGAAGAAUCAUGAUGAAGAUGACCAUGAAAAUAUUAAUUUCAGCAAUCCUCUCAGUAACAUGAAUCAUGAUGACCACAACAACCAUAGCAACCACAGCAACCACAACAAUCACAAUAGUAGACCUCAAUCAAGCGCCUUCACAAAUGACUAUGCAGAUGGUCUAGAAGAAUUCCAUAUGCAAAACCAAAUUCAGAAAGCUAGGUCGAAAGGCUACAGUACCGACCAGGACUAUAUGCCUCAAGAAAAGGGACUUGCUAUUUGA